AUGGAUGAUGGAGGCAAAGGAGGAUUGAGAAAAAAGGAAUGUGGUUGGGGAGUUGGCCGGUGUGGCCAAGCAGCCCUGCGCGCUGUAGCCUGCGCAAAGGAGCUGCUGCCUGGAGCUUCUUUGGAGCAAAUAAUCGAACAGCUGGUGGGCAAUUGCAGAGGGGCAUUUCCAGCUUCUCCAACUGAUUUUCCGGCGAGGGGAGGUGCAGUUGCACCUCCUUGCGCCUCUGUAGAUCCGCCAGUGUGUAGGUGUAGGUAA